AUGGAAGAGCAAGAGGCUAUAUAUGAUAGAGAGCCAGAGGUUAUAUUUGCAGAUACUAAACAUGAGAAAAGGAUUAUGCAUUACAGAAGCAACCAGAAGAUACUGUUAGUGGGUGAGGGCAACUUCUCUUUUGCUGCUUGUUUAGCCAAGAGAUUUGGAUCAGCAAAGAACAUGGUUGCCACUUCUCUUGACUCCAAAGAAUCAGUAAUUUGCAAAUACUCAACUGCAGCAUCAAGUAACUUGAAGGAAUUAGAGGACUUGGGAUGUGUACUCUUGCAUGAGGUGGAUGUGAACACCAUGAGACAGCACCCUCUUCUAGUUAAUCAACGAUUUGAUCGCGUCGUGUUUAAUUUUCCUCAUGCUGGUUUCAUUUUCAGGGAACAUGAGAAGAGCCAGAUCAAGUUGCAUCAGGAUUUGGUGAGGGCAUUCUUUGCCAGUGCAUGUGAUAUGCUGAAUGAAAGUGGGGAAGUUCAUGUGACUCACAAGACUGCAUAUCCAUUCAGUAAGUGGGAGAUAGUGAAGUUAGCAAAAAAGGCCGAGUUAUUUCUAAUUGAGGAAGCAUCAUUUUCAAGAUGGGAUUACCCUGGUUAUGUAAACAUGAGAGGAAGUGGAAUCAACUGCGACCAAACAUUUCCUGUUGGGCAAUGUAGCACCUACAAAUUUGCCAAGAUGCCGCUUCUUGAACAUUAUGAUCUGCUAAUGAGUAAAUUGUCAAUUGGAUAUGGCCCAAGGAACUGA